AUGGAGCGCCCUUCAAGCCUGACUGCGCGCAGCAACAAGCGCCCUCGACUAGCCUGUGCUGCCAUCUCAGAAGAAGAAUCUAACUGGGCGUCUCUUCAGGCCGAUUUAGUUGGCCUGAUCGGGUCGAGGGUGCUAGCGGGCGAUUUGAUGGACUACGUCCGCUUCAGGGCCGUUUGCCCCCACUGGCGAUCUAGCUCAGACUGCCCACGCAGCCGCGGCGUCGUCGACCCGCGCUUUCACCCUCGCCGGUGGAUGAUGCUGCCCGAGGGCCACGGUCUCUACCCUGGUCACGGCAAGCUACGUGGUUACAUCCGCUUCUUCAACCUCUCCACAUGCGUCAUCGUCCGCGUCCUGCUCCCGCUUUUCAGGAACCACUGCAUUCUCGACUCAGUCGAUGGCCUCCUCCUCCUGCAACGGGACGAAGACACCGUCAUCCGCCUCCUCCACCCCUUCACCGGUGACAUUGUAGACCUCCCGCCACUCGCCACCCUCAUGCGUCUUCCUGGAGCCAACCUGAACGUGAGAAGGACUUGGACGUAUUUUAGAAAGAUCGGCGCUACCUCCGUCAGUGUUAGUGCAGGUGGAGUCAUCACUGUCAUGAUUGUACUUCAUGACAUAUCGAUGCUAGCCUUUGCUACUUCCACAGACCAUCAAUGGAAUGUUCCACCCUGGAGGCUCUCGCCAAUUUGGAGGCUAAUAUCAUCCCAAGGCAAGCUAUACAUGAUGGAUAAUCCCACACUUGACACUACUCAUCCCGGUGACACUCAGAUUUUACAGAUCGACCCGCCACAGCAUGACGGGACGGGCUCAGCUUCGUCCUCAAUGCCAUCGCAGAAGUUGGUUGCCACAUGCCCGGCCGGCAAGAUGCAUGUCCCUCAAUACCUGGCAGAAUGCGACUCGGAAGUCCUGGUCAUCGGGUAUAGAGACGGAUUCUUUACACAUCCUUUAGUUUACAGACUGUCUGACCUUAUCCUUGACAGGGUUGCACCGGUAACUAGUAUCGGAGGCAAUGUUCUGUUCAUUGAUGAAAGGAUUUUAAGUGUCAGCUGUAAGACAGUUUUGCCUAACAUUGCGGGUGACACCGUCGUAGCUGUUCAUCCGACGGACCUGUAUUUGGCGCAACGCAACCUCACCAGCCACGCAUGGUUACCGGCAGCGGAUGGAUGUAUCGCAAAACGUGAUGUAUCAAUGCCUUAUAGCCUCAUUUACCAUAUCUUCACAUGUUGCAACCGUGCUUUUUGGUGA